UUGACAGCGACUUUUAUUGCUCUAGUUUAUAGGUAAUUUAAAUGAAUCAUAAUAGUGCUUUGUUGUGAAAUCUCUAUGUAUCGAUUGUUAAAUGUUGUUUUCAAACUAUAUGUGACGUCCCAAGUAUCUAAAGUCUUAUUAUGAUAACGAGAUAACAAAAGAUAUAUUCGCAAUGAUUAUCCAAAGACGGUGACGACUUAGAACUUGUAAUCCUCAGUAGAAGUAGUAUUUGCUAGAAAUUUAAUGGGUUGUGCUGUAUCAGGGGUACAACGUACGAUGUCUCUUUUUGGGAGACAAUCUCAAGGCCAGGAUGUUCGCGCUAAGUUAGAAAGGAAACUGUACAUCGCACGAGAAUCUCCUGAUCCGGAGUUUGAUUUAUCUGACUGUCAGCUUAAACGUUUGCCUGCCGGUAUAUUUUCUAUAUGUAAGGUAUUUAGAAAAGAUAAUUUAUACCUGCACAAUAACCAACUACAAUCACUUGAAGAGGGAGGACAACUAUCAGAUCUUCAACUUGUUAAAGUUUUCAAUUUAAGUUGUAAUAAAUUUUAUAGACUGCCAAAUAACAUACGAUUUUUGGUAAGUCUUACUGAGCUUUAUCUUCAAAAUAAUUACCUGGAAUCUCUACCGGAAGGAUUUAAGUAUCUGGAAUUUUUAAAAAUUUUAGAUGUAUCCCACAAUAAGUUAAAGAGUCUCAAUCCAUCACUUGGUAAUUUAAAAUGCUUGUCUGUUUUCAAAAUAACUGGAAAUAUUGAUUUAAAUAGGCUCUGUCAAGAAUUAUGUUUUGCUACCAAUUUACAGACAAUAGAAUUAGAUGGAGAAAAUUUUAUAUUUCCUCCUGUUGAGGUAGCUACCAAAACUACAGAAGAUAUAAUGAAAUAUUUAUGUUCAGAAAUGAAUAUUAAAUAUAGACCUCCUCAAGUAACAACUGAGCUGCAAUCACAGUUACCAAAUGCAAUUCAUAAUCCCUUUGGUAAACAAUUAAGCCUUACAUGGGAACAACAAGAGACAGCAAUGAUUGAUCAAGAAAACAAACUUCAUCUAGCAAAUCAAAGGCAAAGGGAAAAAUUUUUGUCAACAUUAUUACAAGAGCAAAAAGAUUUAGAUGAUGAAAUAUCUAAAAUUCAAGAAAAUAGGGAGUCGGAAAGACGAAACUUGAUGAAAACUAUACAAAAAGAAGAAAAAGAGAUAGAAUGUAUAGUAAGAAAUUUCCUACAAUCAGAAAGACAAAAUCCAGAAGUAAUUCAACAACAACUAGUAUACGAGCAGUUGGAACAUGAUCGUUUGCUUGAAAUCGCCAGACAAAAUUAUGACAAUGUGAAAAGAUCUGACAUCAUAGCAAAGAUGAAGGAGUUGUUAGAAAAAGACUGUUCUAUUAAUUACUAUAAAAGACACUAUAAGGAUAAUUUAAAUAAUGUUAAACAGAAUUUAUUAAUUCAGGAAUCUGAAGGGGAACUCAAAUUGGAAGAACUUUUGAAUGCUAGAGAUGAAAUGCGCACGGAUUUGGUGCAACAGUUAUUGGAAGAUCAAGAUGUCCAACAAGCAAUGGUGUCUAGUUUGUUGGACAGGGUCGAUGCUAAAAGUUGGAGCCUUAGUCAGGAAAUAUCAUUGAUUUCUAUGCAUCUGUCCAGACUCAGCAUUAUAGAACAAGAAAAGAAAAAAAUAAAUAUGGCAUUUAAUUAUAAUGAGUUCCUACAGCAACGGAUGAAGUUGGUAGGUCUCUUAGAUGAUCUUUUAGAUCAGAAAAAUUUGAGGAGGAAACAAUUAAUAAACACCCUCAAGGAAGCAGAAAGUGAAGGAAACUAUGCACAUGACUUUUGGCUUAAAAGUUAUCAAAAAGUGUUAGAUGCUGCACCCAAGUCAUUGUUGAAUGUGGGAAAGUUGGACCCUCUUUUUGCAAAUCAUUUGCUACAAGAAGGUGUUAUACAUUGUUUGCCAUUCUUGGUUAAACUGUUAAUUUCAGGUAUAUCUUUACUUGAUAUAAAUAACGAAAAUUUAAAGGAAAAUGGAGUUUCCUUCACAUCAGAUAGAGAAAGCAUCUUGAGAGCUUUAAAGUUGUAUGUAGAAUCUUGUUCAGACAUUAUGAAUGAGCCAGAACAAAUUACGUCUACAGAAGGUGCAAGUUUGUCUGGUGUUUUGGAGAGUAAAACCUUGGAAGUCCUUAAGACUAAUGAAACUGAAAGCUCAGUAGUUGAGGGUGAAUGUGUUGUUUGUAUGGACUCAAAGUCUGAGGUAGUUUUUGUACCAUGCGGUCACAUGUGUUGCUGUCAGCCCUGUUCACAGAAUGAGUUAGAAACCUGUCCCAUGUGCAGAAUAAACAUAGAGAGAAAAAUUAAAGUCAUCCUUUCCUAAAAUUAUUUUUCUGCACAUAUCCUUUUUAUUAGCUGUUUUCUAUAUAUUUAUAUAACACUGCAAGUUGCCCAGUUAAUAAUAUUAUAUUUAUUAUUGGAAUUCUGGUUUGAACUUCUGGUUUUUUUUUUAUUAACUAGUCAAAAUUUUAAAUAAAACUGAAGAGCUUUAAGCAACACAUUUGUUUGAAUGUUGUUUAAUUACACGUGAGUGUUGUUUUAAGCAUAUUUUUCUUAGUAUUUGUCUAUUAGCAACAAGGCUGUGAAUUGUAAGAUCAUAUCAAUAUAUUUGGUGAUCUUGCAAUGUCUUUUUUGAAAUAUUAAAGAUGUGAUUUUACAAGAAUAUUAAUUGCACUUACAAAUGAAAGACAACCAUAAAUUUAGUUUGUUUUUGUAAAUGUAAUAUCUUACAUUGAAAUAUAAAGAAAUCGAUUUCUUUUAAGUUUAAAUGAAUGAAUACAAUUAUUGUGUUGUUGAAAAUAUGUGUUUUGUUUCUAAAAUGUGCAGUUUUGUAAUUGUUUUAAAUAUUUAGUGUAUUCGUUGUAAGGUUAUUAUUAUUUAUUUUAAUAUUUAAUGUAAGGCCUGCGAGGGACCAUUAAGUGUCAUUUCUUUGUACCUACACUGUGAUUAAAUAAUUUUUCGUGUGUGGUCACAUGUUUAAAAUAUAUACAUGGUGCUCUAUCAAUUGCGUUUAAUGUUAAACUGAUAUUCAAUUAUAUUAUCCUUGUUCAAUUUGUAGUUCAAGUGUUACUAUUUUCCACGUAUUAUAAAAUACACGACAUUAGCACGAUA